AUGUUGGAGGCAGCUGAGUUUACGGAACUGAGAGACCAACAGCAAGACAGUUUGGCGGAGCUUCGUACAACAUUAAUGAUUCUUCGAUCACAAAGAGAUCAGCUCGUAACCCAGACUGAGACAGUCGUGGCACUGAAAAAUGCUAUGGAUCAAGGGCUUCAACUUCAAGAGUGUGCUAAAGCUUGUGGCACAGACCUGUCACAACUUUAUCAGUAUUUGCUCAGAGCCAAGAAGAUGCAAGGGAAAGAUCUCCAACAUGCUUAUCAUCUCAUUGGUGGAUACGAUUUGACGGAGAGUAAACAAGGCAAAAGCAUGUGUGUGGCAUUUCACACAGCUUAUGAGGGUGUCUACCUGGAGACAUAUAACAUGGAGCUAGACCUUACACGGACUGUCCAGAUCUCGCGCCAUAACAUUCCGCCUUUCAUUCCUCUGGAGCAACUUGCUAAGCAGGACCUUCAGGCAGAUUACAAAGCUUUUCUCCACAACUUAAGCCAACACCUCAAUGCCUGGGUAGGGCGGAAGCAGCAGAUUUGCCUCUUAAAGGAGCUUAUCGAUUCUGUGAAGGUGAUGGAGAGUAAUCAGUUGUGUAAAAUACUUGUUCUCAUGUGCAACGCACAAGGCGAGAAGGACAUCCCCAUUCUUAUAACUCUAGAUUAUGACAACCUUGCCCGAUGCCUCCCCACACAUGUCUCUAUUGAAUCAGAAGAUAAAAUGCUGUUGGAGUCUGUGCAAUGGAAGAAAAACCACACGUUACUCCUGGAGUCUCCAGUACAUAGUGCUCUUUUGGCCAUGAGGAAAAUGGGAAGCAUUCUAUAG